AUACAAGCUUAUUCAAAUAAUAUAAUUUAUUUUUUUACAUUUAAAAUUUGUCAUAAAUAUUAGUAAUAGAAAAAAUAAUAAUUGUAGAUUUUAGUGUCUGUACUUAUGUUAAAAUAAAAUAAUGAUUAUUAAUUGAACAUUGUAAAUUAUUCACUUACGCUUACAUUUUUUUAAAUGGCGACUAAUGAUUUGACUAGAGUAAAGGGAACUUCUAUCGUUAAACCAAUUAUAUAUGGAAAUACUGCUAAAUAUUUUGGUCAAAAACGACACGAAGAUGGUCAUACUCACAAAUGGUGUGUUUAUGUAAGGCCUUAUGUUAAUGAAGACAUUGGUACCUGGGUCAAAAAAGUUCAUUUUAAAUUACAUGACAGCUAUGAAAGUCCAACUCGAGUGGUGCAAAAACCUCCGUUUGAGGUGUCUGAAACAGGCUGGGGCGAAUUUGAAUUAGUUAUCAAGAUAUUUUUUCAAGAUACAAGUGAAAGACCAGUUACACUUUAUCAUGUACUUAAGUUGUACAGCAAUGGACAAGACUCUGAACUAAGUGAAAAACCAGUUUUGUCAGAAUUUUAUGAGGAAAUUAUUUUUCAAGAUCCAUCAACUUACAUGAAAUAUGUAUUAAAUGAUACUUUGAGUAAAAAUCCUCCUAUUGAUGAACAAAAUCUACAUUAUGAACGUAUAAAGAAGACUACAGUUGAAAAAAUGAUAAAAUCUAGAAAAAGAGUACAAGAACACACAGUUAUGUACAAAGAACGUUUAAAAAAGUUAAGAGAAACUAUAAACAAAUUUAAAGAUGAAAUUUGUGCAUUGCAAUCACAAUGUAGUUCAUCAACAUUGCGAUAAAUAAAAAUAAAUAGAUCUAUAACGAUUAUUGACAUAUUUUAUUAAAUACACAAAUAUUAGGUAUCUAUUUAUAAUAGUUACUGUAUUUUAAUCUAUUUAUUUUUUAAUAUUAUUUUAAUUAAAUUUUAAUUUCUAACAGAAUAAAUAUAAAUUAUAAUCCAUAUUUCGUAAGUAAUUUUCAAUUAUAAUUUUAUAACCUUUACCAUUGAUUAUAUAAUAUACUAUUUUAUCUAGAUCUACUAUACUACAAUCAAUGUAAUUUCCACCUCUCCGGUUAGAUUAUAAAAUGUCUAUAAAUAAUUUAUAAUAAAAUGAAAGUUUAUAGUAUAUUAUGAUUUAAGAGAUUAAUAUUUUUUUUUAAUUUGUACAACUCCCUUAUGAAAUAAUACAUUUUAUAUCUGGUGAGGUUCAAAUGUUCAAUAAUAUAUAUUGUAUAUAUAUAUAUAUUUUUUUAAAUCACCCAGAUUAUAUUUAAUCUAGCUGAAGUAACUUGUCAAGUACCCCAAAAAGUUUCUAUAUAACUUAUAGGUACACAAAGUACAUUUAGACUUGUUACUUCUUAGUUCUUAUCUUCUCUAAUGGAAAACUUAUUAAAAAAAAAAACAGUUAUUAUUUUAAUUUUAAGACCAGAGAAACCCUCUGAUAUUCUAACAUCUUAGCUAAGAUUAUUGAUAUAGUGAUAUCUAACCUAAUUUCCUGUAAUCUUCCCAAUAAGUCUACUGCUUUUGCAAAAAUUAUAUAUAAAGUUAAUCCUAUUCCUUGAUAAAUAUAAAUAUUAAAUAACAAAUAAAUUAUUCCACAAACCCAAUUAUCAAGUACACCAUUUUAUAACUCCAAAGCCAACUCAUCUGAAAAUAAAAUACUGUUCAAUAUUCAGCUGUUUUUGUUAAAGCUCAAAGUAUUUAAAGUGCAACAAAUUUGGAAUAUCACCACUAAGUGGCUGUUUUUUUGAUUAUUAUCUCAAUAUUGUCAACUGACAAGUCAUAUGACAUAAUAUUUUACAUGUGCUAAUUGUAAACAUUAGAUUUAUAGAUUACAGUACAUAGGUGUAUCAUAUUCAAGUAUAAUGAUUGUUGUAAAAUAAAACUAUGUAAAUAAGUAGUAUUAUGUUAGAUACCUAGUAAACUUGUAUUUUAUUAUACCUAUUAGGCUAAAUAUAAAGUUAUAAAAUUCAAAAUGUUUUGCAUAACAGUUUACAUUUUAUUUUAUAUGGAAAUAAUAUAGAUAAUUAUUUUUUAAAAUCUUUUUAAAAAAUUGUAUGAUAUUGUCAUUUUUUUUACUUUCAUAAUUUUUCUAUGUAUGUAUAAGAUUUUCAUCCACAGUUUCUUACAUAAAUUGUAAAAAUAAAAGCCCUACUUAAUAAGAA